UUAUGUCGUACUUGCUCGGUUAUUGCCGAUCGUUUCGUCGUUAGUUUUUGAAAAAGGCGUCAAGAAUUCUUGUUAAUUUAUAACAAAAAACAGAUUUAUUUAUAAAAAUCGCUGUAAACACUGAAUAUCAAAAUGAAUAAAGAUGCUGAAAAAUCAACUAAAAAUAAAACCCCAAAGAAACGCCACCAAUCAUCCCCUCCUGGAGUCAAGAACAUUGAAGCUUUUUUAAAGAAGCAAUACGAAACUAUAGCCACUGUUAAUGAUGAACUUAAAAAGGCGGCUGCAGAAAAACAGCAGAUAAUGUGCUGCAUUACAGAUAAAAAUAAAAAUAUUCAAGAACUAUGCAAAAGUAUUGAAGAACGCGACGAGCAAAUAAGGAAACUAACUGAAGAAUUGUCAGCGGCAAGAGAAAAUAAUCGUACAAUUUUAGAUGAUUUUCUGGUAUUUAAAGAAAAAUAUUUUAAGUUGGAAGAAAACUAUGACCAAGUGCGCCAAAUACAAAAUCAAGAAAUUGAAAAUCUCAAAGAACAAAUUGAAAUGCAAAAAUCGAUUGAAAAUCAACAACUAAAUGAAUUGUCAAAGCUUUGCCAGGGCCUGAAAGAUCAGCUAGAGGAGAAAAAUCAGAAACUUGAUUGUUUAACUUCAGAUUAUGCAGAUCUAUUAAAGAAUUCCGAUAAAUACUAUAAGGAAUUUGAAAAAUUGCAAACAGAUUAUAACGACUAUAAAAAUCAAAUUUUAAAUGAGAGAAGUGUAACGGAAGAGCAGCACAAGAAAGAAUUGACUUACCUUCAAGAAGAAAUGAAACAAAAGCAAAAAGAGUUUUCCGAAGAACUGGCAAAACUUAAUUCGGAUGUGACUGAGAAAGAUGAAAUGAUACGGCAAUGUAUAAAGGACAAGGAAAGUUUGGAAGAAGAAAAGAAUCGCCGCAUUGACGAGCUGAACUACAAGAUAAAACAGAUAGAAAAAGUAUUUGGGCAGCCCACAAUUACUGUUCCUCCGAAUAACAGACAUGCCACUUUAAAUAACGAAUUUAACGCAGACAAAGAACAGCCAUCAACAAGUAAAGCGGCAGCUGUAGCCACCACCAACAAUGUGGCCAUAACAAAACCACAAAUUCGCCGAGAAUCUGUGGAAACCAAUUCCAGCAGUGCCAGUGAUUUUAUUGAGCUAUCAUCCCGUGUACGCCAAAAGAAAAUUGCUAGGCCACAAUAUAAUCCCAAUACCGAUAGAUAUGCAGAACAAAAUAAAGCCCAAAACUAUAAUAACCGGAAGAGGGGUCAUCAUCAUCAAGGAUUGGCAAAUAAUUCCUCUCAGGCAUCUAAAAAGAAGGGACUUCACAACACAGCGUCUUCGGAUGAAAAUGAUAAUGAUUUUUUGAUUCCUGAAUGGCGUCCCAACACCAGACAGGGACAUUAUGUUCCCGAAACUGAAACAAGCGCUUCCGAAGGUUUUUGCAAAUCAAAACGUUCUAGGAAGUCAAAUGUUUAAAACGGCCUUCAAUAUUUUGUUUUAAUUUUUUAUUAAUAUUUGAAUUUAAAUUUGUUUUAAAUGUUGAUUAUCAUAAAUGGUUGGAAAGGUUUUAAGGGAAAAUCAAUAAAUACCAUUGAAU